GUUUCAAAGCUUCUUUCAGGAAGGUCUACGAGAGAGUUUCGAGAGAGGAGGGGAAUGGCGGCGCAGGGGGCCGGCGACGGCGGUGGCAGAGAGGAGCCGGUGGUAGUGUUCUCUCCGUCGGAGAUCGAGUAUGUGAGCUACGGCGGGGAGCACCACCUCCCGCUCAUCAUGGGCCUCGUCGACGACGAGCUCAGCGAGCCCUACUCCAUCUUCACCUACCGCUACUUCGUUUACCUCUGGCCCAACCUCACCUUCCUCGCGUUCCACAAGGGCAAGUGCGUGGGGACGGUGGUGUGUAAAAUGGGGGAGCACCGGAACACCCUUAGAGGAUACAUCGCGAUGCUUGUCGUCAUCAAACCCUAUAGAGGGAGAGGCAUUGCUACCGAACUUGUUACUAGGUCUAUCCGCAUGAUGAUGGAAUCUGGAUGUGAGGAGGUGACUCUUGAAGCAGAAGUUACAAACAAGGGAGCUCUUGCGCUGUAUGGUCGCCUAGGAUUCAUACGGGCAAAGAGGUUGUUCCGAUAUUACUUGAAUGGAGUGGAUGCUUUCCGCCUGAAGCUAUUGUUCCCUCGCCCCAAUCCCACCUUUCUUGCUAUGCCAGAUAAAAAUGAUAGCCAGAACCAACCUGAUCACCAUCCAUGAGAAUGCUCUCAAAUUUUGUCAUGAUCUCUAGUCCAAGGGGGGAUGCAGGCAAAGGCAUGGAGCUGACCACCUUCUUACGCAUGUAAGGGGUCUCUAAACGGCUAAGAGAAGUGUUGCCGUGCAUUGGUUGAUUUUUUUUUCCGUGAUAAACAAGAUAUGAUCUUUGUUCAGAUCCUUGAGACUACAAAUUUUUUGGUUUCAGAAGGAAACAUGAAUUUUGUUGGAUAAGAUGAUGAGUAACUGCUAUAUCUGAUGAACUGUAACAAGGAUUAUGCUGACCAGGGGUGGAAGAAAAGGGUGACAUAUUUGCUUCUGAACUUAUCUCAGUGAUUGGGAAUUUUUUAAUAUCAUCAGUGUAUAUUGAAUCUA